AUUAGUGUUACGUUAUAUGCGAACACUUAAUACAUUAGACAAACAUUUAAGUCAAUGCUUUUGUAUGACAUUUGACCACAACUUGUAUUAUAGUCUUCAUUGUCGACAAUAAUUGACAAAUAAAAGACUUGACGAAAGAUAAAGAGGUAAACAAUUAAAACAAUGCUUCCGUUAUCACUGUUGAGAACCGCUCAAAAUCAUCCGAUGCUCGUCGAGUUGAAAAACGGGGAGACAUAUAAUGGCCAUUUAGUCAGUUGCGACAAUUGGAUGAAUAUCAAUCUUCGGGAAGUCAUCUGUACGUCACGCGAUGGCGACCGCUUCUGGCGAAUGCCUGAAUGCUAUAUUCGUGGAUCAAAUAUCAAGUAUUUGCGAAUUCCCGAUGAAGUAAUUGAUUUGGUGCGCGAAGAAGUCAAACAAAAGCGCGGACCGCAAGCAAUGAGAGGACGGGGCGGUCCGCGACCUGGACUUGGAUCACGACCUCAAGGAACAGGUCGUGGAAGAGGUGGACCACAAAAACCGAGAAAUUAAUGGGUUUUUUCAUUGGUUACAGAAAUUGAUUUAUUAUGAAUCAUAUGAAACAUUAAGUCUUUCUUAUCGACGAAUAUAAAGAUU